AUGUCGACGUCAACUCAGAGCGUGCAAUGCUUCGGCAAGAAGAAGACGGCCACUGCCGUCGCCCACUGCAAGGCUGGUCGUGGUCUUAUCAAGGUCAACGGCCGACCUCUGUCUCUGGUCCAGCCUGAGAUCCUGCGCUUCAAGGUCUACGAGCCCCUCCUGGUCGUCGGCCUCGACAAGUUCGCCAACGUCGACAUCCGCGUCCGUGUCACCGGUGGUGGUCACACCUCCCAGAUCUACGCCAUCCGCCAGGCCAUCGCCAAGUCCCUCAUCGCCUACUACCAGAAGUACGUCGACGAGCACUCCAAGAACCUGCUCAAGCAGGCCCUUGUCCAGUUCGACCGCACCCUGCUGGUCGCUGACAACCGCCGCUGCGAGCCCAAGAAGUUCGGUGGUCCCGGCGCCCGCGCCAGGUACCAGAAGUCUUACCGAUAA